UGUGUGUGUGUGUGUGUGUAUAUAUACAUACAUACAUACCCGAGCUGUGCAGUCCAGGAUCCCAAACAGCUUGCUGCUUAUUGUAACCCUAUUCAGAGCGUUCUUUGCCACCAUGAAGCCAGCGCUUGUCCUUCUGCUCAUCACCCUGGCAUUUUGCUGUUCCUCUGGUAAGCAUUACUAAUGGCCUUCAUUUCCUCAACAAACUGAAGGAGCAAAAAUAGAACAAUUCAGUGUAGUGUCUUCAGAAGCAACAUUUGUAAACAAAGUGCCAGAGAGCCUCAGUGAAAUGAACUCCAAAACCAGGACCCUUCAGGCAUCGGGCUCUCCAGGCAAACAGUACCACCUGCCCAAAGCUUCUUUUUAUCAGUGUGCAGUUGUUCAAGAUAUUAUGUCUCUAAUGCUCCAUGGAUCAGAGUCUGAUGUGAAGAGCGCUCUUGAAAAAUACUCUGCUUCAAAGCUUGCAAUAACUGCUGUUACCACGUUGAAACAGAGCGUCGACAAAUUUUCACAAGAGGAAAAAAAUGGCUACAAGACACUGGUGGAAAAAGUGCUGGAAAAAUGCUAAGCCUUCUAGGAAUUAUGAUCUUUGGAUGAAGCCCAGAUAAUUCUACAUCCUGACUGCCAGCAUCAGUUGUGGAGAAAUACUCCUCAUCAAUCUAUACUCCUCAUCAAUCUAUCAAUCAAUCUUCCUCCUCUCUUGUUUUGUCAUUGAUGAAGAAGUUUCAUUUCCCCUGUGAAGCAAUAAUCAUUAUGCUACAGAAAACCUUGAGAAUUUUUAUGCCAUGUUCUUGAAUCUUUCAUGCUCAAAUCACUGCCUUGCAUUCCUGUGCUCAGGAUUCAUUUAUAAAUUUGUAUGAUGAAUGCAUUUUGUCACAGAAAGUGCCAGAUUUACGUAUAAGCUAAACAAGCUAUAGCUUAGGGCCCCACUCUCUUGGGGCCCC